AUGGUGCCCCUCUCCGGACUCUGGACCUGCCGCCUCGCCCCCGGGGGACCCCUCCUCCUCCUCCUCCUCCUCCUGCCGCUAAUGCUGCUGCUCCUCGUCGGCGCCCUGGCGUCCCCGGAGCCCUGCCUGCUGCCCCCGCCGUCCUGCCACGUCCUCGCCCGGAUAGGACACACCGUGCGCCUGGGCGCGCUGCUGCCCGCCCGCCAGCCGGCCCGGAUACAGAACGCGCUCAACCGCGCCCUGGCUAGCCUCCGGCACCAGAGCGCAGCCUCCGACUCUUCCGGCGGUGGCGGUGGCACCGGCAACCCGUCCCGAGUCCUCCCGCCGCUGCUGCCCUACAACCUGAGCCUGGAGAUGGUGGCUCGCUCCCCGGCCGGCUGGGACCCGGCGUCGCUGUCCAGGAGCGCGUGUCAGGAGCUGCUGGUCCGCGGGGUGUCCGCCGUGCUCGCCUUCCCGCGCUCCGCCGAGGAGCUCAUCCAGGUGGAGUUCCUCUCCUCCUACCUGGAGAUCCCCUUCAUCUCCAUCCUGGAGGACACCGAGCCUCUCGUCACCAAGAACCUGUUCCACCUUCAGAUGUCGGCUCGUGUUCCCCCGUCCUCCCUGGGCAGCCUGCUGCUGGCGGUCCUGCGGGGCGGCGACGGCGUCCAAGAGAGCGGCGCCCGAGAGGAGGGCACCUGGGGCGGCGCCGCCGUGCUCUGCCCCGGCUGGGAGGAAGGCAGCGACGGGCUGCUCUCUCACCUCCGGACGCACGGCGGCGCCGCCUGGCGCCUGUGGGACGUCAUCAACCUGACCCGCGUGUCGGGAAGGGGCGGGGACAGGAGAGGCGAGGCCAGCGAGGAAAGGCGGGAAGACGAGGCCUUGAGGAUUCUCUCCACCAGUUUCCUGCGCUCCGCCUCGCCCGUCUCCAGCGUCCUCCUCCUGGGCUCCGACCCGGAGUGCGUCUCCUCCGUGCUGCGGGUCGCCCAGAGGCUCGCCCCGUCGCUGCCGGCGCUGCAGUGGAUCAUGGGAUACCCCCUGUCGCCGGACUCCCUGCACACCUUGGGGGGUCCGCUUGGCCUGCUGGCGUACGGCGAGGUCGGACGCAAGCCCAUCAGCUUUUACAUCCGGGAUGCUCUGCAGCUGAUUGGCCGCGCCAUCACCGUGGCGACCGUGGCGAGGCCUGACUUGGCGCUGAUUCAGAACACGGUCAACUGCUACGACAAGCCGGCGCCACGGGAAACACCUUCUUCGGGACGAUACCUGUCCAGGUUUUUCUCCAACGCCUCCUUCGCCGGCGCCACGGGCCUGAUCCAGGUGGACGCCGGCCUCUCCAGGGUGCUCUCCUCGCAGCUGUUCCACGUCUGGAGCCUCAAGAGGGGCGCUCUGGGCCAGCCGGCGUGGGUCACCGUGGGGCAGUGGUCCCGAGGCAGGCUGGAGUUGGAGGGGGGCGUCCUGGGGCUGGGAGGCUUCGGGAGCAGCCAGGGGCAAGGCCUGGGCGCUGGGGUGAGAGGGGGCGACGGCCAGGGCGACCUGAACGCCGGGGGACGCUGGAGGCCCGGGCUUUCCGUCGAGGGUCACCGUCUGCGGGUGGUGACGUUGGUGGAACAUCCGUUUGUGUUCACGCGCGAGGUGGACGAAGAUGGGCUGUGUCCGGCCGGUCAGCUCUGCCUGGACCCCAGAACCAACCGUUCCGACGUCAUACAAGGACUCUUUAACCACCUGCACAACCCCAACACUUCAACAGCCGACUGGGAAGGCGGCCUUCCGGAGGAUCUGAGGAAGUGCUGCUACGGCUACUGCGUGGACCUGCUGGAGAAGCUGGCGGAGGACAUGGGCUUCACCUUUGACCUCUACAUCGUGGGGGACGGAAAGUACGGCGCCAUGAGCGGAGCCGGGCGCUGGACGGGGCUGGUCGGGGACCUGAGGAGCGGGACGGCGGACAUGGCGGUCACCUCGUUCUCCAUCAACUCGGCGAGGAGCAGAGUCAUCGACUUCACCUCGCCCUUCUACUCCACCAGCCUGGGCAUCCUGGUUCGCAGUCAGGACACCGCCGCCCCGAUCGGAGCCUUCAUGUGGCCCCUGCACUGGUCCAUGUGGGUGGGCAUUUUCGUCACGCUGCACCUCACCGCCCUCUUCCUCACCCUAUACGAGUGGAACAGCCCCUUCGGCAUGACCCCCCAUGGGAGGAACAGGAUGCGCAUCUUCUCCUAUUCCUCCGCCCUCAACCUCUGCUACGCCAUACUGUUCGGACGCACCGUCGCCACCAAGAGCCCCAAGUGUUGGACGGGUCGCUUCCUGAUGAACCUCUGGGCCAUCUUCUGCCUCCUGGUGCUCUCCAGCUACACGGCCAACCUGGCAGCCGUCAUGGUGGGCGAGAAGACCUUCGAGCAGGUCUCAGGAAUCCAUGACGACAAGCUGCACCAUCCCUCGCUGGGCUUCCGAUUUGGCACGGUGAGGGAGAGCAGCGCCGAGGAUUACAUGAAGAAGAGCUUCCCCGAGAUGCACGACUACAUGCGGCGCUUCAACCAGCCCACCACCCCCGACGGCGUGCACAUGUUGAAGACAGAUCCCCCGAUGUUAGACGCCUUCAUCAUGGACAAGGCCCUGCUGGAUUUCGAGGUGUCCAUCGAUGCAGACUGCAAGCUGCUCACGGUGGGCAAGCCGUUUGCCAUUGAAGGAUACGGUAUCGGCCUGCCGCAGGGAUCGCCUCUGACCCGCAACGUGUCGGAGUUUGUGAGCCGCUACAAGUCUGACGGCUUCAUGGACAUGUUGCAUGACAAGUGGUACAAGGUGGUGCCUUGUGGGAAGCGAGUCUUCGCCGUCACCGAGACCCUCCAAAUGGGGAUCCAGCAUUUUUCCGGGCUCUUCGUGCUGCUCUGCAUGGGAGUGGGCGGAGCCUUGCUGACCCUGGCAGGUGAGCACACCUUCUACCACCUGGUCAUCCCUCGCCUGCGACGCAGACACACGCUGCAGUACUGGCUGCACACCAGCCAGAAGAUCCACAGAGCUCUUCACACCACCUACGAGGACGAGGCCAAGGAGCUGACGGGCCUCGAACAAAACGCCUCCUCCUGCAUCUCAGAGAACUGCACCCUGCACAGGAAGCAGCAUCCCCUCCCGCCGCCGUCCCCGCCCAAGUCCCUCCCGGCGUCCUCGUCGGCGGCGGACAGCGGCAGCUCGUCGUCUCCCUCGCACGAGCCCAAGGAGAAGCGCGUGCACUUUGACCUGGAGACGCUGCACAGCUACCGCCUGCGCACGCACACCGCCUCCGUGCGAGGGCGCCCCGGCAUGGUGGGACGUCCCGGGCUGGGCCUGGGCGGCCUGGGUCUCCCCGGCCUGGGCACCUUCUCGCCCUCCUCGCGGGUCAGCCUGCAAGCCAACGGCGGCCCGGCGUCGGCGCUGGCCACCGCCGGCUUGGCGCUCCGAGGAGCCCAGACCAGCCUGUGGGAGGGAGAACUGCAGGAACUCCAGGACAAGAUCGAGACCUUCCGGAACCAGCUGAGGGAGGCUCUGGCCAGGAGGGCGGAGAUCCAGACCAGCCUGGAGAGGGAGCGCAACUUGAUGGUGCGGCGGGACGGCGGCCUGGAAGCAGAUCAGGUCCAAACCAUCAGCACGGACAAGAGCAGCUCCUCUCAGUCCAUGGCAGACCGAGGCCUUAACAACCAGCCCGAGACUCUCACGCUCGUUAGGAGCGGCCAAUUAAACGCAAUUAACAGCCUGGACCGGGGGAGGGGCGGCCAAUCCCGCGCCGUCCACCCGCUGGCGGACGACAGGACUGUCCAACCGCGCGUCUCCGCCGGUCUGGAGCGCCAGUCGGUGACGCCGUGCAACACUUUGAGUCUGGACCGGCAGAAAGUCAGCCUGGCGCGCGUUCUCAGCACUUUGGAGAGGACCAGAAGCAACCAGUCGGACGCCGGCGGCGGGACUUGAUCCUCUUUUCUGCCAAGACACUAAAGAAAAAGUAAAAGCUGAGUUGCGUAGCCGCGGGAAGGUGUUUACUACUACUACUACCUGACCUCGCACACCUCAUAUUUCAGCAUUUAUA